UCUUAUCAGAUCAUGCUGUGAAGGAACUAGCAGCUGGAGGGUGGAAAGAAACUUUUAGAGGCAGAGUAACACCCACAUUAAGGAGGGAAAGAAGGAGUGUGUAUUAGCAAAGGGUGAUUUCUCCCAGGCAAAGCUACGCUUCCUCGCCAAGCAACUAAACCACUCAUGACUACAAAGACUUGCUGAUACUACGUGUAUCCAGGAUGAAGGUUUGUCGAUACAAGAUACACAGCUGGUUCCUCUUGGCUUUUUUGGCAGUACAUCUCAUCAGUCAUGUUCAGGGUCAAGUGGCUCCACCAACAAGACUAAGGUAUAAUCUAGUCACUCAUGACAGUGUACAGAUUUCAUGGAAAGCCCCUAAAGGGAAAUUUACUGGAUUUAAGCUUCUUGUCACUCCAAGUUCAGGUGGAAAAACCAAUCAACUAACUCUUCAAAACAGUGCAACCAAAGCAAUUAUUCAAGGUCUUAUUCCAGAUCAAAGCUAUGCAGUUCAGAUUAUUGCAUCCAAUAAAGACCAAGAGAGCAAGCCAGCACAAGGGCAGUUCAGAAUUAAAGAUCUAGAAAGAAAGAAGGAAACAUCAAGUAAAUCCAAGGUCAAGGGUACAGAAGGUCAAGGGUACGGGAGUAAACCAUCUCCAUCUACAGAAGAAAGUCAGUUUACAUGUAAAACUCCAGCAAUUGCAGACAUUGUGAUCCUGAUAGAUGGCUCAUGGAGUAUUGGCAGAUACAACUUCAGACUUGUCCGGCUUUUCCUGGAAAAUCUGGUUGGUGCCUUCAAUGUGGGUUCUGAGAAAACAAGAAUAGGUCUUGCUCAGUACAGUGGGGAUCCCCGAAUUGAAUGGCAUCUGAAUGCCUUUAGCACAAAGGAUGCUGUUUUGGAUGCAGUCCGUAAUCUGCCAUAUAAGGGAGGGAAUACAUUAACAGGUCUUGCCUUAACUUUUAUUUUGGAGAACAGCUUUAAGCCUGAAGCAGGUGCAAGACCCAAUGUGUCCAAAAUUGGUAUAUUGGUCACAGAUGGAAAAUCCCAAGAUGAUGUCAUCCCACCUGCUAAAAAUCUGCGUGAUGCUGGUGUUGAAUUGUUUGCUAUUGGUGUGAAGAAUGCAGAUAUAAAUGAACUCAAAGAGAUUGCCUCUGAACCGGACAGUACUCAUGUCUACAACGUUGCUGACUUUAACUUCAUGCACACCAUUGUAGAAAGUCUUACGAGAACAGUGUGUUCAAGAGUGGAGGAACAGGAAAAGGAAAUCAAAGGAACAUUUGUUGCCACUCUUGGAGCUCCUACUAAUUUGGUCACAUCUGAGGUAACAGCCAGAGGAUUCCGUGUUAGCUGGACCCAUGCACCUGGCGAGGUGGAAAAAUACAGAGUUGUGUACUAUCCCACUAGAGGAGGCCAACCAGAGGAGGUAGUGGUGGAUGGAAGUGUAUCAACAGCAGUUCUGAAAAACCUGAUGUCUCUAACUGAAUAUCAGAUAGCUGUGUUUGCUAUAUAUAUAAGUGCUGCAAGUGAGGGCCUCCGUGGUAGUGAAACUACACUUGCUUUGCCUACAGCAUCAAAUCUGCAAUUGUAUGAUGUGUCACAGAGCAGCAUGAGAGCAAAGUGGAAUGGAGUAGUGGGUGCCACUGGUUAUAUGAUCCUAUAUGCUCCCCUCACAGAGGGACUGGCAGCAGAUGAAAAGGAGAUGAAAAUUGGAGAGGCCUUGACAGAUAUUGAACUGGAUGGAUUAUUGCCUAACACAGAAUAUACAGUCACAGUUUAUGCGAUGUUUGGAGAAGAAGCUAGUGACCCCCUGACAGGACAAGAAACAACAUUGCCUUUAAGUCCACCCAGGAACUUGAGAUUUUCAGACAUCGGACACAGCACUUCUAGGAUAACAUGGGAUCCUGCUUCCGAAAACGUAAAUGGUUAUCGUAUUAUGUAUGUUAAAACUGAUGGGACAGAAACCAAUGAGGUGGAAGCUGAUCGUGUUUCAACAUACACCCUGAAAAGGCUGACAUCCCUUACAGAAUAUACUGUUGCCAUUUUUUCCCUCUAUGAUGAAGGACAGUCUGAGCCGCUGACUGGCAGCUUUACUACAAAAAAAGUUCCAGCCCCACAGUAUGUGGAAAUAGAUGAAGUAUCAACAGAUAGUUUUAGAGUCAAUUGGAAGCACAUCUCCUCUGAUAUUGCUCGCUACAGAUUGGCAUGGACCCCACUGAAUGGGGGUGCAUCUGAAGAGGUUGUCUUAGAUGGAGACAAGGACACGCAUGUUGUUGAGGGUUUGUUAUCCGAUACGGAGUAUGAAGUUUCUUUGCUGGCAGUUUACAGUGAUGAAAGUGAAAGUGAUGUUGUUGCUGUUCUUGGAACUACACUUGCAAGGACCACUACAGUAUCUACCAGCAUUGCUACUACUAGUCCAGCAACCUCCAGACCCACAACAGCAGUUUUUCGAACAGGAAUCCGAAACCUUGUUAUAGAUGAUGAAACCACAUCAAGCUUGAGAGUGACAUGGGAUGUUUCAGACAACAACAUUCACCAGUUCAGAGUGACCUACCUCAUUAGUAAAGGUGAUCGUGCUGAGGAAGUGGUAAUGGUACCUGGAAGACAAAACAAUCUUCUUCUUCAGCAGCUGCUCUCAGAUACCGUAUACAAAGUUACUGUCACUCCCAUCUAUUCUGAUGGGGAAGGAGUCGGUGUCUCAGCUCCUGGAAAAACCUUGCCUCUUUCUGCCCCCAGAAAUUUAAGGGUCUCAGAUGAGUGGUACAACCGAUUACGUAUUAGCUGGGAUGCCCCUCCAUCACCAACAAUGGGUUACAGGAUUGUCUACAAACCUAUCAAAAUCCCUGGACCAGCACUGGAGACCUUCGUGGGGGAUGAUAUUAACACCAUUCUCAUUCUUAAUCUAUUCAGUGGAACUGAGUAUAGCAUUAAAGUAUUUGCUUCAUACUCAACAGGCUUCAGUGAUGCCCUAGCAGGCACAGCCAAAACAUUGUACUUGGGGGUGACAAAUCUGGAUGCAUAUCAAGUGCGCAUGACUAGUAUUUGUGCCCAGUGGCAGCUUCACAGACAUGCUACUGCAUACAGGAUAGUUAUAGAAUCUCUUGUUGAUGGGAAGAAGAAAGAAGUAACCCUUGGUGGAGGGACAUCUAGACAUUGCUUCUUUGAGCUCAUGCCUGGCACUGAGUAUAAAAUCAGUGUCUAUGCCCAGCUUCAGGAGAUAGAAGGCCCUGGUGUAAGCAUCAUGGAAACUACAUUACCAUUUCCAACUCAACCACCGACUUCUCCUUCAACAAUAGCUCCACCACCUACAAUCCCUCCUGCAAAAGAAGUUUGCAAAGCUGCCAAAGCUGACCUAGUGUUCCUAGUGGAUGGGUCAUGGAGUAUUGGAGAUGACAAUUUCAAUAAAAUAAUUGGAUUCCUGUAUAGCACUGUUGGAGCUUUGGACAGAAUUGGUCCUGAUGGAACUCAGGUUGCCAUAGCUCAGUUCAGUGAUGAUCCCAGAACAGAAUUUAAACUGAAUGUGUACAAAACGAAAGAGACUCUUCUUGAAGCCAUUCAGCACAUAGCGUACAAAGGAGGAAACACCAAAACAGGCAAAGCAAUUAAGCAUGCACAGGAGGCCUUGUUCACCACUGAUUCAGGCAUAAGGAGGGGUAUCCCUAAAGUUUUGGUGGUCAUUACUGAUGGACGAUCACAGGAUGAUGUGAACAAAGUCUCCAGAGAGAUGCAACUAGAUGGUUUCAGCAUUUUUGCUAUUGGUGUGGCGGAUGCAGAUUAUUCAGAAUUAGUUAACAUUGGCAGCAAGCCUAGUGAAAGACAUGUCUUCUUUGUGGAUGAUUUUGAUGCCUUCAAGAAGAUUGAAGAUGAGCUGAUCACUUUUGUCUGUGAAACUGCAUCAGCAACCUGCCCAUUGGUAUAUAAGGAUGGCAACAGUUUAGCAGGAUUUAAAAUGAUGGAAAUGUUUGGUUUGGUUGAAAAGGAGUUUUCGACAGUAGAAGGAGUAUCUAUGGAGCCUGGUACUUUUAAUGCUUAUCCGUGUUACAGACUGCAUAAAGAUGCCUUGGUUUCUCAGCCUACCAAAUACUUGCACCCAGAGGGGCUGCCUUCAGACUACACCAUUACUUUUCUAUUCCGUAUACUCCCUGACACACCCCAGGAGCCAUUUGCUCUGUGGGAGAUUUUAAAUGAAAAAUAUGAGCCACUUGUUGGAGUUAUUUUGGACAAUGAUGGUAAAACUCUGAUUUUCUUUAAUUAUGACUACAAAGGGGAUUUUCAAACUGUUACUUUUGAAGGCCCUGAAAUAAAGAAAAUAUUCUACGGAAGUUUCCAUAAGUUACAUGUUGUUAUCAGCAAGACUACAGCCAAAAUUAUUGUUGACUGCAAGCAAGUGAGUGAGAAGACAAUUAAUGCAGCAGGGAAUAUUACUUCUGAUGGGAUAGAAGUUCUAGGAAGAAUGGUCAGAUCCCGAGGACAAAGGGACAACUCUGCACCAUUCCAGUUACAGAUGUUUGACAUUGUUUGUACCACCUCCUGGGCCAAUAGAGACAAAUGCUGCGAACUUCCUGCCUUGAGAGAUGAGGAAAGUUGCCCAUCUCUUCCUCAUUCUUGCUCCUGUUCCGAAUUUAGCAAAGGACCACUCGGACCUCCCGGACCACCGGGUGGUCCAGGUGUCAGAGGCCCAAAGGGACAUCAUGGUGAUCAAGGUCCAAAGGGCCUAGAUGGACCUCGUGGUGAAGUUGGUGCUCCAGGACCCCAAGGGCAUCCAGGACCCCAAGGGCCAAGUGGACUUUCUAUUCAAGGGCUUCCAGGAACACCAGGUGAAAAAGGAGAGAAGGGUGAUCGUGGUCUCCCUGGCCAGCAGGGUGUCCCAGGAGCAUCAGGACCACCAGGACGGGAUGGAACUCAAGGUCAAAGGGGUGCACCUGGCAAAGAUGGACCCACAGGGCCCCAAGGUCCUCCUGGGCCAGUGGGAAUACCUGGUGCUCCUGGUGUUCCAGGUGUUACGGGAAACACUGGGCCACAAGGUGGUGUUGGACCUCCUGGUGCUCCUGGUGCAAAGGGGGAAAGGGGUGAGCGGGGUGACAUUCAGUCCCAGGCAAUGGUGCGUGCGGUUGCUCAUCAGGUGUGUGAACAGCUCAUCCAAGGUCACAUGGCCAGAUAUAAUUCAAUUCUGAACCAGAUUCCAAGUCAGUCUGUCUCAGAACGAACUAUCCCAGGACCUCCUGGCGAGCCAGGUCGACCAGGAUCUCCUGGGUCACAGGGAGAACAAGGAGCACCAGGAAGACCUGGAUUUCCAGGCAAUCCUGGCCAGCCAGGAAGACCAGGAGAAAGAGGUUUACCAGGCGAGAAAGGAGAAAGAGGCAACCCAGGUGUUGGAACACAAGGGCCCAGAGGCCCACCAGGGCCUGCAGGACCUUCUGGUGAAAGUCGAACUGGCAGCCCAGGGCCACCAGGAUCUCCAGGCCAACGAGGCCCAGCUGGUCAUACAGGUGUUCCUGGUCCACAGGGUCCUUCUGGCCCACCUGGUUACUGUGAUCCUUCUUCUUGUGCUGGGUAUGAUGUGGGAGGUGGAUACGGUGAUGCAACUGAUCAAGACAUCCCCGUAGUGCAAUUGCCACAUAACUCCUACCAAAUCUAUGACCCAGAGGAACUUUAUGAUGGUGAGCAACAGCAGUAUAUAGUUCCUGGGUCCUACCCCCAACCAGCCCAAUAUCCCCAGUCCUCCUAUCCAGAACCUCAUCUUGCUCAACCAGAGUUUACUCCUGUUCAGGAAGAGAUGGAAGCCAUUGAAGUGAGAUCUCCUGGAAUUAGUCGUUUCAGAAGGCAAAUAUCAAAAAGAAGUGUGAACACUCCAAUACGUAAGAGGGCAAUUAAAAAAAACACUUAAGGAACUGUUAAAAGGGAAAAUUUAUGUGCAUAUAUAUUUAGGCUUGUGUCCAGUUGCCUAAAUUAUCAUCAUGGAAAAUGGUUACAGGCUCAUAUGUUAAAGGGAAAAAAAUUGUACACAGCCACCUCAAAAGAACAAAUAAUGGUAAUAAUGUUGCAUGCCAGAAACUAUUAGUAUUUUAGUGGGUUGGUGCUAGAAGAUUAAAAGGUCAUUUAUAGACCUUUGAGACUCUUGUGUACUGUUUGACACAUUAUUCAAACUGUAUCUAAAAAAAAAAGGCAUCACAAUAGCUGGUUUAAUUAAGACAAUUCAGAAAAGUUAAUUCAGUAGUAUUUUGCUGUCCAUGUUUCUCCAUAUGAUUUGUUCCAUUAAUAUUUUGAUAAAUUGUUUUCUUAACAGAGUAACCUUACUUAAUUCACCACUGAAGACACUGCAUAUUCACUAGGUUUCCUUAUACCUGGCUGUUACAUCCCUUCACAAAGAAGUCUUAUGUUAAUGGAAUUUUUUUCACAGUAUCUAUUCAAAAUACACAAAGUUAUAUGGGAACAUGCUGAUAAUUUAUUGUGAACCUAUUUCAAUUGUUUUGUAUGCAAAUAAAAGUUGCACACUUUUAUAAGUAAACAUUCCAUUUUGUUGAUUUUA